UCCGCUUCCGGUCAACCCGGCGCUGGGCUCCCGAAAGUUGUUGCUGCGGAGGGCGCGAUGGGGAAAUCAGAUUUUCUUACCCCUAAGGCCAUCGCCAACAGGAUCAAGUCCAAGGGGCUUCAGAAGCUGCGCUGGUAUUGCCAGAUGUGCCAGAAGCAGUGCCGGGACGAGAAUGGCUUUAAGUGUCAUUGUAUGUCCGAAUCUCAUCAGAGACAACUAUUGCUGGCUUCAGAAAAUCCUCAGCAGUUUAUGGAUUAUUUUUCAGAGGAAUUCCGAAAUGACUUUCUAGAACUUCUCAGGAGACGCUUUGGAACCAAGAGGGUUCACAACAACAUCGUUUACAAUGAGUACAUCAGCCACCGAGAGCACAUCCACAUGAACGCCACUCAGUGGGAGACGCUGACAGAUUUUACUAAGUGGCUGGGCAGAGAAGGCUUGUGCAAAGUGGACGAAACACCAAAAGGCUGGUAUAUUCAGUAUAUAGAUAGGGACCCUGAGACGAUCCGCCGGCAGCUGGAACUAGAGAAGAAGAAGAAGCAGGACCUUGAUGAUGAAGAAAAAACUGCCAAAUUUAUUCAAGAACAAGUGAGAAGAGGUCUGGAGGGGAGAGAGCAGGAAGUCCCUGUUUUUACGGAAUUAAGCAGAGAAAAUGAUGAAGAAAAAGUUACAUUUAAUUUGAAUAAAGGAGCAUGUAGUUCAGGAGGAGCAUCUUCCAAAUCAAGUUCUUUGGGACCAAGUGCUCUGAAGACAAUAGGGAACGCAGCAUCGGUGAAACGGAAGGAAUCUUCCCAGAGCUCAGCUCAGUCAAAAGAAAAGAAGAAGAAGAAAUCUGCACUCGAUGAAAUCAUGGAGAUUGAAGAGGAGAAGAAAAGAGCUGCCCGAACAGAUUACUGGCUCCAGCCUGAAAUUGUAGUGAAAAUUAUAACCAAAAAACUUGGAGAGAAAUAUCAUAAGAAAAAGGGGAUUGUUAAGGAAGUAAUUGACAAUUACACAGCUGUUGUGAAGAUGAUUGAUUCUGGAGACAAGCUGAAACUUGACCAGACUCAUUUAGAAACAGUAAUUCCAGCACCAGGAAAAAGAAUUCUCGUUUUAAAUGGAGGCUACAGAGGAAAUGAAGGUACCCUAGAAUCCAUCAAUGAGAAGACUUUUUCAGCUACUAUAGUCAUUGAAACCGGCCCUUUAAAAGGACGCAGAGUUGAAGGAAUUCAAUACGAAGACAUUUCUAAACUUGCCUGAGUUUGAAAACUUGUUAACAGCACAUUAAAAUCUUAAAGCAUCAAAUUGGUGUUUACGAAGGCAUUACAAGACUCUACUGUGUUAGGGUGUUUCUUUUGUAUGAAACAAAAGGAUUUAUUUAAAUAUUACUGUAUAGUUGUUUAGCUAAACUUAUAGAAAAAUCUAAUUAUAUCUCAUGAAGUAUCAAAAUUA